AUGGGUGCCGCGCCAGAAGAAGGAGGUGUCCCUGCCCGGGACAUGGUGGACGCCCUGGAAGACGUGCGCUCCAUCCUGCUGAAACCGUCGGAGCGCCUCGACGACAAGCGCUUCACGAGGAUCGCCGGCGCCGACUUCGACGACGCGGGCCUCGGCCUCGCGGGGCUGCUCGCCUCGCUCGCGUCCACGGGCUUCCAGGCCUCUAACCUCGGCGACGCUAUCGACGUCGUCAACCAGAUGUUGGACUGGAGGUUAUCCCACGAGAAGCCAAGCGAUGAUUGUGCUGAAGCUGAACUUGAUCCUGCAUAUAGAGAAUCCGUGAAGUGCAAGAUCUUUCUGGGCUUCACUUCUAACCUUGUGUCUUCUGGUGUUCGGGAGAUUAUCCGAUUUCUUGCUCAGCAUGGCAUGGUGGAUGUUAUCGUUACUACUGCUGGGGGUAUAGAGGAGGAUCUCAUCAAAUGCCUUGCGCCAACUUACAAAGGUGAUUUCUCUUUACCUGGAGCUCUGCUGCGGUCCAAAGGACUUAACCGGAUAGGAAACCUUUUGGUGCCCAAUGAUAACUACUGCAAGUUUGAGAACUGGAUCAUGCCAAUCCUUGACAAGAUGCUGCUGGAACAAUCCACCGAAAAUGUUUGGACACCAUCAAAGGUGAUUGCUCGUCUUGGCAAAGAAAUAAAUGAUGAAAGCUCCUACCUUUACUGGGCAUACAAGAACAACAUCCCUGUGUUCUGCCCAGCAUUGACCGACGGAUCAAUUGGAGACAUGCUAUUUUGUCACUCGGUCCACAAUCCUGGUCUUAUUGUUGACAUUGUACAAGAUGUACGGCUGAUGAAUGCGGAAACCAUCCACGCAAUCCCAAGGAAGACAGGGAUUAUAAUUCUUGGUGGAGGCCUUCCAAAGCAUCACAUAUGCAAUGCCAAUAUGUUGCGCAACGGUGCAGAUUAUGCAGUGUAUGUCAACACUGCUCAGGAGUUUGAUGGUAGUGAUUCUGGGGCACGGCCUGACGAAGCGGUUUCAUGGGGAAAGAUCAAGAGCUCUGCAAAAACUGUCAAGGUGCAUUGCGAUGCGACGAUUGCUUUUCCGCUUCUUGUGGCUGCAACAUUUGCACGUAAGGUUCACGGCACUAAAUCAACAAACUGA